CGUGUUGUUAGCUUAGCUGAGCUGUGCUAACUACGUAUGACAAACUUUGUAGCUUUAUUGUAAGUAAUUACCGUCAAAAAUUCUCGAGGUUUGCAGUCUGUGCCACGUUUUUCCUCUCAAAUUGGUCAUUUUGCGAUGGGCUUUUUAACGUUAGCUGUAGGCGAUGAAUGUAUGCUAGCAAUUGAGAGUGGUAUCUCGGCUAAAUAAGGUAAAGUAAAAAGCUGACGACUUCUUUAAGUUAGGCUUUUACAAUUAACUGAAUAAAUACAUGAAAUACGCUGAAAGGAAAAUACGCUCUCGUGUCUUAGCUAACGGAGAAACACGCUCUACGUGCAUUCAAAUAAUUGCAACGGUUGCUGUCUGCAUUCAUGUUGCAUUGAGUUGAAAGGGACCAGGUGUGUUUCUGUCUGUUAAGCAGUUCAGAGUUGUGAGGUUAGUUUCCUAGAUAACUUUGAGACCUUAGCUGGCAUGUAGAGCUGUAGAGCUGCAGACUGGCUGUUUUUUCCUUGGUGUUAACAUUCCUGUCGUCGUUUCAAUGGGGAAAAGAAAAGACAUGAUUCACCCCAGGUUUCUCGGUGAAGGCAGCUCUAGCCUGCACAGCGUUCACAAGCGGAAACACAAAAAACACAAGAAGCACAAGAGGAAGCAUCACAGCUUCACUGAGGCCCCGGAGCCCGAGCCUGUCGUGGUUCCUCGGCCUCCUCCACAGCUCCGACUCAAGAUCAAACUGGGAGGACAGACGCUGGGGACCAAGAGUGUUCCCACCUUCACUGUGCAUCCCGGUGUGGCCCGUCCUCCCUCUCCAUUGAUGAUCAUUGAUAAUGUUGAUGUUGAUGAUGAUGACGAAGACGAUGACGAUGAUGAUGACGACGAUGAGCCUUCUGUGCCUCUGGAGCAAUAUCGGGCUUGGCUGGAUGAAGACAGCAACCUCGCCACAUCCCCUAUGCCAGACAUGGAUUCAGACUCCAUGCUGGGUGGGCCUGUGGACGAGGAGGAGAGGUGGCUGGACGCUCUGGAGAAGGGAGAGCUCGACGACAAUGGAGAGCUGAAGAAAGAGGUCGAUGAGUCUCUGCUCACAGCCAGACAGAAAGCCCUGUUGCACAAGCAGCAGAGCCAGCCUCUCCUGGAGCUCCCCAUGGGCUACAAGGAGAAGGAGAUGACCGCAGAGAUGAUGCAGAAACGGGAGGAACGAGCUCGAAAGAGACGCCUGCAGGCCGCUAAGAAAGCAGAAGAAAAUAAGAACCAGACAAUAGAGAGACUGACAAAAACCAGCAAGGCCAAGAUCAAAAGCAUGAAGGAGAAGAAGUCCAAGCAGAACCAGUGCCCCAUGGUCCGAUAUAGUGACUCUGUCCAGGGCAUGGCCAUCUCCUUUCCCACAGGGGUCCCUGCUCCGGACCCGGCACCUCCCUGUCCUCUGCCUCCGACCCGGGUGAGCUGCGGGGUCAGUGGCUGCGACAACCUGAAGAAAUACUCCUGCUCAAAGACCGGGGUUCCUCUCUGCAGCCUUGAGUGUUACAAGAGGAACCUGCUGCUUGUGCAGAGUGCAGCCUGAACUCAAGAGGGACAGGUAUCGAUUGUAGUUAUGCUCGUCCCACGCUGAGAUACGAUGAGGUGCCCAGAGUCCGCACGGUCGUAAAUUCUUGAUGAAAUUUACGUUACACGGAUACUCUUGACCACACACAUGUGGAAGGUAUAAAUUGAACUUUACACUUCAAGCCUAAAUCUUUUCAAGACUCAGAAUCCAAGUCCAAUGUGGAUUUACUUUUUAUCUAAUUGUUUUGUGGUGUUAUAUUAAUAAUAAUGGCUUUCCCUGCAUUGAUGCUGGUUACACAAUUCAAUUAUGAUAUCAAAAUCUGUGUACAAACAUUCAAUAUUUAUGAUUUCUUGAAGACUACAUAAAACCCAUAUUUUUGUACAAGU